UCCCCGGCUAUAAAACCCCGCCUCCGCAGCGCAAACUGGCAACGACUCAGGCGGUAGGCAACCAAGAAACAGCUGCUUCUUCCAUCCCAAAGAUCAGCGGAAAAAGGAAAGGGAGUGAUAUUUUCAGAGGUUUCCAAGGAGAGUGGAAAGAGAUCGAUCGAGAACCGAAGAUGUGCAUGGACCGAUCACCGGUGCCGGCCAAGAAGAUCUGGCUCGCCAUCGCCUCCCGCCUCGGCCUCCGGCCAACUGCUGGGCUGAGGAAGCUGAGGAAGGAGGUGAGGACGUGCGAGUACCGCGACGUGCACAUCAUGUGGGAGAUGCUGAGGGAGAUGGACUCCCCGGUGCCCCUCGAGGAGAAGGAGGCCGCCGCCGCCGCGGCCGUCGCGGCGGCCGCCGGCGCCAGGAAGAAGAAGGCGGCGUGGAGCCGCUUCCUCUACUACUGCUGCGCGUUCUGAGGUCCACGACGUGAUCGAUGGACGCGGAAACUGAACAGCCAGCUACAACCAGGCCGUCAGAGUUAUAGAGCAGGCUAGCAGAGAGACAGGCUGUGCAAAUAACCAAACGCGUGUGGAUCCAUCCCAAACGUUCCAUUGGAGAUGAUGACUGUGUGGUAAAAUAGGAUCCGGAUUGCGAGGAUGUUAAUACUCUACAUCAGAGGAUGGUGAAUGAGUUGUGCGGCGUACAGCAAAAGCAAUCAUAUCCGUCUUGCCUCUCUCAAAAGUCAGUAUCCAAGAGCCGUAAAACCCCAUGGAGUGUGAAUCGCGCGCAGAUAGUUAUAUAACAAAAUAUAGACACUGAAUCAGGAGAGAGAGGAGAGAGUUGUGCUUGCAAUUCGAGAAAAGAAAAGAAAAGAAAAAAUGGACCAUGACAUCGGAUCUUGGCCCCCGAACUUGUUUCGAA